AUGACCAGCUCUGACGCUGCAAUAGACAAUUUAUACAAGGACCUGUACACCCUACUGGCGACUGUGCCAAUGGACGAAAAUCUGCUUUUCCUUGGCGGCAUCAACGCCCGCGUCUUCACGGACCAUGCUGCCUGGAGAGUAGGGCUGUGUCUCCACGGCUCCAAUGACAAUGGCUUACUACCCUACGGAGAUGUCGCCACGGGUCCCCGUCGACAAUGGGGCCAAGUAACUGUGAAGAGUUCCCUGAAGUGUCUGCAGAUCAGUACGGCAAAAUGGGAAGACCUCCCCUGCCACCGACCGGCCUAG